CCAAGUUGCGCAAAAGCGCCUGCGUCUUAGCGAUGUUCUCCUGCCGCUUCUGCUCAUAUUCGCUCAAUUCGACUUUGGGCCGGGCCAUGCUGGGAAAUGCUGAUGAAGUGCUGUUGAUUAUUAGAUCGGAGAUCAGUGUUACCGUCAAAAUGGCGAAAGACGCAAAUAUGAACAUUGACCAAAUUGAUACUGAUAGUCGCGUAGAGUGGCGAAACAAGACGCGACUAGACGCGUCGCGAUCACGUGCGAGUCUAGAACACUUUCGCGCAUAGGACGAGAACAACAGGUAGUCACGAUUCAAGCAUGCAAUCCGUGUGGCAAAAGCAUGCUCCCC